GUUUACAAUUUUUAAUGCAACGAAUUUCGGCUGUCAUAUUGAAGUAGUUAGCAAAAAGGACUCUGAAGUUGAGUAAAAGUUCAAGACAAAACGGAUCAAGCAUUGGUUGAAUUACUCAUUAUUUUAAAUUAUUAGCUAUUUUUUUUAACAUUUUCUAGAUAUCAAUGGAUUCUAGAGACUACUCAAGCGAAAGUGAUGAGAGUGACGAAGAUUUUUGUCCAGACAAGGCGAAUAACGGAUCGGCGAGUGAAGUCGAGACAGAUGAUAACACUGAAGAUGAAAAUGGCGAUGAUGUUGAAUCCGGAAAAAGUAACAAACGGAAACGAAAGAUAGAAAAUACAACCAAGAAAAAGACAAAGGUAGAGCCGGAACAAAUUGGUAAAGAGGAUGACUCGAGUAAUGAUCCAGAAGAGCUGGAUGAAGAAGAGGAAAAACGCCGCACCGACGCUCUUUGGGCAGACUUUCUAUCCGGGCCAGGGAGUUCAAACGGUACGACGAAUUUUGUUUCUAAAGAAGCUAAUAGUAAAACACAAUCAAAAGCCCACGUUGCCCCGAUGCAGAAAACCAAAACAAAAAAACCAGAGAAGACGCCCACCGUUACCAAAAUUUUUGAAUUUGCUGGAGAAGCCGUGGAAGUUAUUGCAAAAGACGACCCGAGUAUUGUAAAUUCUUCGAAGCCAGGCUUAGCAGCGGUUUCUUCUAAUGCAAACAACGGUCCGCGAAAGCCUAUGCUGGGUCGUUCUUCUGCGGGUGGUCUUGGAUCAGUAUUAAGCCAAAUUGGCAAAAAGAACAAGCUUAGCACAUUAGAGAAAACAAAGCUCGAUUGGAAUAGUUUCAAACGCAAUGAAGGAAUCGAUGAAGAGCUUAAAACGCACAAUAAAGGAAAGGAAGGCUUUCUAGAAAGAAAGGAUUUCCUUCAGAGAGCAGAUUUAAGACAGUUCGAAAUCGAAAAAGCGAUGCGACAAACUAAGCGCAGCAACAGAUGAAAUAAAGAAGAUUAGUUCGAUUUCGAGUUAUAGGCUUUCCUAAAAAUGCGUACAUUACUGAAAUUUAUUGUGGUGAAACAAUUCUCCAAUGCAAGACCGUAGAAGCUGUACGAUUUUCUAGGAGUUCGUAAGCUACAGCGGGCAUCUUUCCAUUUUGUUUUUAAACUAAAAUUUAAAAAAACUAAAAAGAUUGUCAGUAUCAAGAAAUCAAAAUCAUACACGACUACAUGUUUUAAUUAUGUAAUAAAGGCAUUGAAAUGUAUUUUCAAUGGACCAGGAUUAGUAUAUGGAUGAUAUAAUUUAUAUAGUUACAGCCACAACCAUAUGAACCAUGAUACUAAUUAUGUAAUAAACAUGAUAGAACACUUA